CAAAGGAAAAAAGGCGAAGGCGAAGACGAACGAGAGAAGCGACAGCAAAGAAAACAGCAAGCAUGGCGGGACCGUCGAAUCUUCACCUUGACCCUGCGCUGCAGAAAUACUACGACACGCACAAGAACCGCUACAAGUAUUUCAGAUGGACCCCCCGUACCGCAUGGCUGUCGUUCUGCUACAUGGCCGUCAUCCCCGGCAUCAUCGGCUACAUCUCCUACAAAACAGAUGUGGGUGCAACAUCCUACCAUAUCCAUGCUUGAUUACAGCGCGAUUCUAACUUCAGUUAACCCGUCUAGGGCAAAUACAAUUUCCGAGGGAAGAGGAGAGGGGACACUAUUGCCGAGUUUUGAAGUGGGAUGACUUGGAAGUGAGCGUACACGAUGACGCAGCAUUACGGACUUUCGAUCAGAGGCAACCAGUGUAUAUGUCGGACUGAAUAACAAGCAGUCUUGAAUGUGCUGGUGAAGCUGCGUCUUUUUUGUCUUUGUCUGUAUUAUAACGACACUGUUGAGCAUCAAUCAGACUAGUGCCAGAUAAUGUGCUUUUACUAUUGCAUUAGGCCUCCUAUCGAACUAUACAGGCAUCAUAUGUGUGUCAUAUUGAUUACACUUGUCCAUUGAUGUACUGAGGGCAAUACAUAUUUUGUUGUAUGCCUCUAUAAGCUUUGGUAGAACCAUGAAUGCUACAUUGUUAUCUCUUACAAGCCUCAGAGGUAGAGAAGCACAUCCAGCCGUCUAAUAAGGCCGCCCCCCAUCUCUUAAUCCCCUACCGUAUGAGCGUCCACUGCCGUCUGGUAUCCUUUCUCCUCUCCUCCACUCUCCGCUGGGGACGCUGGCUUGAUUAGA